AUGACGGUGACAUACUCCCGCAGGGUGGCAGAUGCCCGACUCGGCACAUUCUCUCACCUGUUACUGCGCUGGAAAGGAAGCAUCUACAAGCUCCUGUACCGAGAACUGCUCAUCUUUACAGUAUUAUACUGCAUAAUCAGCAUCUUUUACAGGUUUCUUAUGAACAAUGGGCAGAAGAGGCAGUUUGAGAAGCUAGCCAUCUACUGUGAUCAGUAUGCACAACUUAUCCCUCUAUCAUUUGUUCUGGGUUUCUAUGUGACCCUGGUGGUAUCUCGCUGGUGGGGUCAGUUUGAGUGUGUCCCAUGGCCAGAUCGCUUGGCUGCAUUGGUGGCAGGACAUGUUCGGGGGGCAGAUGAGGGUGCCAGACUGAUCCGCAGGAGUCUGGUGCGUUAUGCCAACCUGUCUGGUAUCCUUAUAUACCGCUCCAUCAGCACUGCUGUCUAUAAGAGGUUUCCCACCAUGGAGCAUCUGGUACAAGGAGGUUUAAUGACAGUAGAGGAGCUAAGGCAGCUGGAGGACUUGCGCUCUCCCCAUAAUAAGUUCUGGGUUCCCUGCAUGUGGUUUGUCAGUCUGGCUCUCAGAGCACGGACAGAGGGACGCAUUAACAACGAUGUUGCACUGUCUGCCAUUCUAAAUGAGUUAAAUACAUUGCGCUCUCAGUGUAUGAAGCUGUACAGUUACGACUGGAUCAGCCUGCCACUUGUAUACACUCAGGUGGUAACUGUGGCUGUGUACAGUUUCUUUUUGGCUUGUCUAAUUGGCCGUCAGUUCCUUGACCCAGCUCAGGGCUACCCAGGUCACAACCUUGACUUUUACAUACCUGUCUUUACCCUGCUGCAGUUCUUCUUCUAUGUUGGCUGGCUCAAGGUGGCAGAACAACUAAUCAAUCCAUUUGGGGAAGAUGACGAUGACUUUGAGACAAACUGGUUGGUGGACCGCAACUUACAGGUGUCUUUGCUGUCAGUUCAUGAGAUGUAUGACAUGGUUCCAGUAAUUGAGAAGGAUAAAUACUGGAAUGAAUCAGAGCCACAGCCACCAUAUACAGCUGCCAGUGCUCAACACCAAAAACCCUCAUAUAUGGGCUCUGCUUUGGACAUCAGUGUACCUAAAGAAGAAACAGAGUUCCAGAACAACCUGGAGCAGAUUAAGGAGCAUGAGGAGGCCAAUCACUCCACUCCCCUCCUGGGCAGCAUCAGUCGUUUGCUUAGUGUGCAGGCACCAAGUUUCCCACGCUCUUCCUCUUCUUCUAGAAUCUCUCUUCUCCGGCGUCGGCCCCGUGCUCCCUUUAGCCGCUUCCCUCUCUAUCUGCACUCUGAAGUCCCUGCAACACCAAACCAGUGCCAGAAUGUAUCCGAACAUGACAUGGCUGAGUAUGUAUUCUCCUCUUUGCCUUACUGUCAGAGACCUGGAUUCUAUAGCUGCCCACAGACACCCAUUCAUUGUGUGUCUUCGCCUUUAAAUCUCCCUUGUGCAAUACACAGGGCACAAGGAGACCUGGCACAUAGUGCUAGCCCCCUUGCUCACCGUCUGCUUGCUUCCCAGCUGUUGCUUUCUCCUGAUACACCCAACCACAUGGCCCAUCCUUCAUCAUCUGGCUUUCCUUGGGUGGGAGAGGAUGCCCCAGAGAACCAUUCUGUACCUACAUUCUCCUUUCCUGAUCCUAUAGCUGAGACGUGCUCCCUACCCAAAAUGUGGCCCAAUCAGGAGUUGCUGCCCCAUCAUCAUCCUUCACCACCUUGUCUUUCUGUGGACAUGUGUACAUCUAUAGAUGAACAGUCAGGACCAGCAGGUUCCCGAACUGUAAGCGGAGAAGUAGAAAGGGCAUUCUCUUUCAGUCCUUCAUCUCGAAACGCCAUCCAGAGCAGCAUGAGCUCUGGUUGCAUAAAUGUGCCUUGCAUGACCAACAGCAACACCCCCAUCAACAGCCUGGGUAACCUGUGUAAUGUCUCAGGUCUUGAAAGUAGCUCAAGCAUUAAUACAAGACCAGUCAACAGAAGCACAAUGGCACUGACUAACUCAGCCAAUGCUAUAUCUCCUACUGCUGCAGUAACACAACAAACAGCAAAUCAUCACAAUUCCCCCAAUGAUUCUGGGAUCUCACUGUCUGAGGGGGAUUUGCUGGGUGGGUUGCAGUUGCAAAGUGAAACAGUAAUAGCCAAUGGUGUGAGGGAACAGUUCUGA